AUGUGCAAAGAGCGUGAGUCUCCCCUCUCCCAUUACUUCACCUAUGAGAUUGUACUAACACUAUCUAGUGUACUGCUGCAGCAAGCCCCGACUGUUGUGGCGGAGUAUGUACGAGUCUCGCUACAGACUCAAACAACUGUGGCACUUGCGGAAACAAGUGUUCCGGAAAUUGCUUCAACGGCAAAUGUAACUGUCCAGCUCCGAAUCCGUUCUGUGCUGCGACUGGAGAUUGCUGCCCGGCCGGCCACACAUGUAUCAACGGUGGUCUUAGCCCAGGAUGCUGCAACAACCCUGAACUCUGUCCGGCUGCAUCUCAGCCCAGCGGUCCCAUUGUUUGCUGCCCGCAACCUUGUGAUCCAAUGA